AUGCAGAAAUUGGUCCUUGUAUUCCUUGCUGUUCUGGCUUUAGCUGUUGCUGAACCCGGUCAUCAUGCUCAUGUGGCUACAGCACCAGUUCCUGCAGUACCAGCAGUGCCAGCAGCUGCCGCUUACACAGCAGCACCAAUUGCUGCUGCCUAUACUGCUCCUUUGCCGGCUGCUUAUGCAGCACCAUUGGCCGCUGCCGCUUAUGCUGCACCUUACGCUGCUGCUUAUUCUGCUCCAAUUGCAGCAGCUUACACAGCACCCAUUGCUGCAGCGUAUACUGCCCCCAUAGCUGCUGCUUAUCCUGCUCCAUAUGCUGCGGCAUAUACAGCUCCCUAUGCAGCUGCCUACACAGCACCCUAUGCGGCUGCUUUUACAGCUCCUUUAAACUCGGCCUAUUCUAGUCAACGCGUGGAUAUUAUCAAUAAAUACAAUGCUCCCAUUAUCAGUGCCCCUGCUAGACUAGUAGCACCAUCCGCCACUUAUAUCCCUGCACCAGCUCGUGCAAUUGCCCCAGCCAUAGCUCCUGCUCCGGCUAAAAUUGUGGCCGCUCCUGCCCGUUAUUCUGCUCCAAUUUUAAUUUAA